GAUGUAUCGGUUUGUUUUCAUUUCAAAUGUAGUUCGUUUUGCUCCUAAACUACAAUUCAAUCGCACAGUUCAUUCAGGAAACAUGGCAAAUAGUCGCUUCGAAUAUGUCAAAAGCUAUGAAUCAUCAGAUACUCUGUUGAAAAACUGCUGGAUCGUGGUUCGUAUUGAUGGAAAAGGUUUCCAUAAGUUCUGUAACGUUCAUGGAUUUACGAAACCUAACGACGAGCGAGGUUUAAAUUUAAUGAAUUUGGCAGCAAUAGCAGUGAUGCAGGAGUUCAAUGAAAUCACGUUUUCUUACGGACAAAGUGACGAGUACUCGUUUAUAUUCCGAAGAAGUACUGCAGUUUACGAAAGGCGGAAAGACAAAUUGAUUAGCUAUGUUGGAAGUUUGUUCACAUCGGCGUAUUUAUUUAAUUGGCCUUAUAUAUUUAAGGACACAUUAAAUAUAAGGUACCCUCCUGUGUUCGACUCGCGCGCGGUGUUAUAUCCAACCGAUCAAAACCUCCGCGAUUAUGUCAGUUGGCGACAAGCGGAUGUUCACGUGAAUAACCUUUAUAAUACUACUUUCUGGAAUCUGGUCGCUUCGGGUCUAAGCAAUGCAGAGGCAGAGAAACGACUCCGCGGAACACUCUCUAGUGACAAGAAUGAAAUUCUGUUCCAGGAGUUCAAGAUUAAUUAUAAUAAUGAACCAGAAAUGUUUCGGAAAGGCACUAUUCUCAUGAGGAAAAGAGUUUCAAUUGGUGGAAGAAAUCUCACAUUCAUCGUUCCCGUUUUUGAGGAUAUGAUAGGAGAAGACUUCUGGAUUCGACACCCAGAAUUGCUAGACGAUAAAUCUAAGAUAAAUGAAGUUUACGACAUAGGAGAUCGGAAUAAUCACAUUCUACUAAAAUAUCAAAUUGAAAAAUACAAGUCGAAAAAAAGAACUACCGAUGAAAAUGUGCUAGCAACAAAAAUGCACUCUUUAUAAACGUUAGGUUUGUUCCAAUACAAGCUUGUCUCGAAGCGGAAAAUGGAUUUGUUCUAGUACCAGGUAAGCUGGAAAUACUCCGCAGCAAACAGGGAGAAAAUCGUUCCUGUAUUAUUUUUUUCUUCUGCUUGGUCUAACCAUUCGGAAUCCUGAAUGGAGUCAGUAUUCGGUGCUAUUUCGAUACUGUUGGAAUUAUUAAAAAGCAGCAGAGCUUUUGUUUUGACAGUGACUAACCUUGAAGGCUACCAAGACGUUUAUAAUACGCAGGGACCUAAAUCCCGUGACACGUUUUCGUAACUGUAAACUAGUCUUAAAAAAGUUUUUCUUGCUCCGGAGCAACCAGUAGCAGAAAUCGUGCACUUGAACAAACCUAAUAGACAUCCAGCUGCGUUGGUAUUAUGCCAUUUUAACGUUUGAAUUGGGAGAGAAACAAAUUGUUAACGCGGCGAAUCGGGAGGAAAACAAACCUCUUUUGGGCUUAACCCAGUUAAACUCAUUCCGGAACCGGUUCGGAUUUCUGAAUGGAGUCAUUAUGGAUUCCAAAUCAAAUGCAACAACCGAUUCCGAUUCAAAACCGGUCGUUGCAUUUGAUUUGGAAUCCAUACUGACUCCCUUCAGGAUUCAGAAUGGUUUGACCGGGAAGGUGCGGGCGGUAGUAUAAAAAUGCGAGAUCUCAGUGUGCGUAUUUUAAACGUCAGAUAUCUCGCAAUACUUGCUCCUUCCCAGUCCUUCCUGUUUGCUUCAUAGUACUUCCAGUUGUUCCUGGUACUGGAACAAACCAUUCAACUUAGCAUACUUUCAAAAUACCAAAAUAAUUUGACUAGUUCAUAGCCACACAGAAAAAAUGCGUUAAAUAAAAAAUUCAAUAUCAA